AUGUCAUCGCCACUACCCGACAGACCGGUUACCAAGAUCAACGAAGGGUCGGCGGAGACAACGUCCAAAACGCUACAUGUCACGAGGGAAGAGAAUGCAGCGAACAUGCUUCUAAUGCAGCACUCGCUGUAUGACCUGACGAGAGAGCCAGAUGCGCUGAAAGCUCUCCGACAGACCGUCGACAACAUGCUACCCGAACUGGCGAAGCUGCCCGAGGACGAAGGAACAGAGGCAUUCUAUGAUUUCGACAACGCCAUCACAGCCACAGACGCAGACAAGGUCGUAUCCGAAGUCAAGAAUUCAAACCCGCGAAUAUGCACACUCGACCUCCAUCUCAUCAAGGCCCUACAUGACACAAUGCGUACCGAAAACCUCGGCGGAAGACUUCCCUACGAGAGCCUGGCCGUGUUCCUCGAACUAGCACACAGCCGUGCAAGAGACGGAUGGAGUGUGGCACUUCUGAAAGAGGUCAUCAUACACGUCCUGUCUGAUAUUGAGAUCUUCCAACGACUUCAAGGCAUAUGCGUGGAUCGGACGGCGUCGGACGAAGCUGAGCCAACACUAGAUCCGAUGUCGCAUUCGUAUUCCGUGUGCGCCAAGCACUCCAGGAUAUCAAGCAUUUCUGGGAAGCACAAGCGACCGCACUGCGAGACCAACAUGGAGGAGUACAGAAGCACCACUCCAUAA